CCGGGCACCACCUUUCAGCUUGUGUUUAGGAAGACUGGUCGCUGAUUCCAUUGAUGCUGUCUGGUGCCCAGCCCAGCGCCUUGCGUAAAAAGGCUAUCAGGGAGGGAAUGGGAUUUAAGCCUCCCAAUCUGUAAAAUGGGCUGAAAGGCACAUUCCGGUUUGAAGUUCUGUGUUUCAGUGAUGUUGAAUUCCACCAAUUACAGAGAAGACUCCCAGGCUGACUCCUCAAUCUCACCCCUUCCCCACUUGGAGGCCAAGAUCCGUCAGACACACAGCCUUGCCCGCCUCCUCACCAAAUAUGCUGAGCAGCUCUUCCAGGAAUAUGUGCAGCACCAGGGAGAGCCCUUCGGGCUGCCCGGCUUCUCGCCUCCGCGGCUGCCGGCGGCGGGCUUGAGCGCCCCGGCCCCGGGCCACGCGGGCCUGCCGUUGCCCGAGCGGCUGCGGCUGGACGCGGGGGCGCUGGCCGCGCUGCCGCCGCUGCUCGACGUGGUGCGCCGCCUGCAGGCCGAGCUGAACCCGCGCGCGCCGCGCCUGCUGCGGCGCCUGGAGGAGGCCGCGCGCCAGGCCCGGGCGCUGGGCGCCGCCGUGGAGGCCGUGCUGGCCGCGCUGGGCGCCGAGCCCCGCGAGCCCCGGCCCGAGCCCGCCGCCGCCGCCGCUGCCGCCGCCGCCGCCGCCGCCGGCGUCUUCCCCGCCAAGGUGCUGGGGCUCCGCGUGUGCGGCCUCUACCGCGAGUGGGUGAGCUGCACCGAAGCCGACCUGGGCCAGCUGGUGCCCGGGGGCCCCGCCUGAGCGCGGGCGGGUCCGCAGCUCGCCGUCACCUCCUGCCGGCCGCCUCCAUCUCUCUCCGUCUCUCCGCCUCUGUCGUCCUGUCUGCGUUGUACGUUCUCUCUUUCCCUAGGGACCUUCUCGUCUCAGCGUGUGACUUCCCAGUUCCGUCACACUCUUGCUUUCUCCCUCUUUUCUCCAUCCCUUGGGUCU